AUGAUUUCUGGGACAGGAACUGUGUUUAGCUCGGGAAUAGACUUGACAACAAUUACGGGCGAUCUUUUAAGAAGUGCAUUUAUUGGUCCAUCUUCAUGUGAUUCAUCUCGCAGUUCAUCCUCAAGUUCAGCCAAUGUAUUCGCUUCACGUAAUUCAAAUAAUCAUAAAAUUGGAGCUGAUAAUUCAAAAUCACAUCAUUCUGAUAAUACAAAUUGUUCAUUUUCUCAAACUAACUAUGACUCAAAUUUAAAUUCAUCAUCUCACAGAAAUGCAAAUAGAGUUCAGUCGUUUUUCUGCUCACCAAAUGCUUCAAAUGUCGGACGUCUAGCGGCAGCUUUAAGGUCAUUUUUAUUGGCAUUAGUUUCAUUUCCUAAACCUGUUGUAGUUGGUGUAAAUGGUCCAGCAUUAGGACUGGCUGUUGCUAUAUUACCUUUGUGUGACAUUGUUUACAUAAGUGACUCAGCUACAUUUUAUAUGCCAUAUACUCGACUUGGUCAGAUUCCUGAAGGAGCAUCAACUUACACUUUAAACAGUCUUGUUGGUAUGCCUUUGGCAAACGAACUAUUAUUAGCAGGUCGUAAAUUGUCCGCACGUGAAGCUUUACAACGAGAACUACUUCUCCGUUGUCGAAAAUUAGCAGAAAAUUCGUGUAUGUCAUUGGAAAUCACUAAAUGUAUGAUGAAAAUGCAACAUCGUGAACGUAUUGAAUAUGUGAUUAAUGCCGAAUGUAAAAAACUAUUAGAAUGUUGGCAAACUGCAGAAUUUCGUUGUACAGCUAUGGAGUUCAUUUUAAAUGAAAUGGAUGAUUUUGUGUAA